AUGAAAGUCAGUAGUCAGCAGUCAGCAGUAACAUCUGAAAGUACAAAAAGAAUAACACCAAAAGCAGCAAAAGGUGCCACAUGCAAUCCCAUGCCACAACACUGGCGAACAGCAAAAGUGGCCAUACUGCGGUAUGUUUCACCAUAUAGCCUGCCGGGUAGUCUGGGUUCAGCAUUUGAUGCUGUUACACCAGGUUCAAAUGCAAAUCGUGUUGGUGGCAGUGGACCUGGCUCUGAGGGGCCUGGUAUUAGCAGCGGUGCUGGCAGCAUUGAUAAUGGACCACGUAGUCUAAGUUCAAGUCCACGACCACGUGCCUCAUCCAAUUCACCACCAACGCGACCUAUCUCAAUGUCACCUACCACACCACCAUCUUUGCUCAAGCGUAACAACUCGCCUUCGGAAUUGAAGAGCAUUGAGAAAAUGGUCAAUGGGCUCGAAGUGCAACAUAAUGGCAAUGGCGGCAGCACGCUCGAUGAACUGCAACGUAAGUCGCCUUCACAUGCAGAUCAGUGACAUUUAUUUGAUAGGGACGACAAUGACCGUUCGUCCGUCAUUGAUCUCGAUGACGUGUGACCGCAAUAUGCAGUGAUUUAGUGCGAGAAGCGAUAUCAGAUUUAUGCUGCAAUUUAAUGUGUAUUUAUGAAAGGAUAUGCAGUGGCCCACCAUGUCUUAAGGAAGGUUAGGAAGGAAGGUUUUCAUUAUGUACCAGUAUGUUAAAGCUUAGUUACACAGAGACACACAAACAAAUACAGAACAAACCAGUAACACAUGUUCCAAAUUACGAUUAUUUUUAAAGAGUUUAGUUAAUUGAAUUUAUGUUCACUCACACCUUAAUUUGUAUAUAGAAGCGUGAUUUCCUAAUUAAAAUUAA